GUGGAAUUGGCGGGUCUGGGAAUUGGGGGGAAGUGACGCGCCAGGAAAAGGCGGAGCCGGAGGUGCCGUUUUCGCGCGCGCCGGGAGCGUGGAGAGCCAUGGAAUUGCCCCCCUCGUGCUUCCAGUCGUGCCUGGAUUUCUGCCCCGAGUGCGGCUCCGUCCUCCCCCGGCCGGGCCCCCCCCCCACCAUCCGCUGCCCCCGCUGCUCCUUCACCUUCCACUGCGCUGAUUUCGAGGGUCGCUCCGUCCGCGCCUCCGUCGAGUUCAACCCCCUCGAGCCCCGGGCGGGCAGGGGGGGGGGCUCUGCUGCCCCCCCCGGCACCGAGGGGCCCAUGGUGGAGCGGAAAUGCCCCCGCUGUGGGCACGAGGGGAUGUCCUACCACACCCGGCAGAUGCGCUCGGCCGACGAGGGGCAGAGCGUCUUCUACACCUGCCCCCGCUGCAGGUUGCAGGAGAAGGAGGAUUCCUAAAAGAGUUCCUAAAAAACAAGGGGUUUUGGGGGGGUUUGGGGGGCAAUAAAAGCCCCCCCAAGGGGGUAUUUUGGCGAUAAAAGCCCCCCCCAGGGGGGUAUUUUGGCAAUAAAAGCCCCCCCCUCCAUGAGGGGUGUUUUUGGGAGUUGGUCGUGGGGGUUUUCGUGUUGGUUUUUGGGACCCCCCUCCCCUCAAAUUUGCCCCCCCAGGUUUGUAUUUACAUCAUUUGCCCCCCCUUGUCAUUAUUUGCCCCCCCCCCCCGGUCCUCAAAGUGCCCCCCCAAAGUUGCCCCCAAACCACUGAAUUACCCCCCACACCCCUCUUGCCCCCCCCGCCCAAAAUUGCCCCCAAACCUCCAAACUGCCCCGAAAUUGCCCCCCCAGCCCCACCUGACCCCCCCCAAAACUGCCCCCAAGCCUAAGAAAUGCCCCCUUUACCCCCAAA